AAAGAUUUCAGUAAAACGCACGCUGACGAUGAGUGUAGUUCGUUAGUACGUUAUAAUCGCGAUCAUUAUUAUCUUUUUAAAAUCGUGUCAAAAUAUUAAAAGAAGUUUCAAUUUCUCGCGACCAGUGUACGUUAUAGAAAUUUUGAUGUUAAAAAUGGGUUAGGUAUUCUUAUAUACUGUCAUGAUAUGAGUGUGUGUGCGUUAAAAUUUUUCGUACAAAUAUGUCGUCUAUCUGUAGUGUUGUACAUUUUUCGAAUUAAGUUAUAUAUUAAUAUAAGUCGUUAAAAGUUCUUGAAGUUGCCCGGAGUAUGGAUACGAAGGAAUAUAAAAAACAAUCAUAAGAUGCAUUGCUCGUGCAUCACCUGGUGUAAAGCCUUUCUUUUAUUAUUCGUGCUUGCAUCAUCAGCCGCACAACUCGUUAAAGAUGAGUGGAUGGUCAUAUUGCCAUCUGGCAUACCGAUCGGUGGAGUCCGAAAUUUAGCUGACCACCGCCGACAGAGAAAUGCAAUUCGAAUUGCUCAAAGAAGGACAACAAUACCAACUAAUCAACAGCCAAGGCCUUCUACAUUAGAUGUACCGGAAGAAAUGGAAUCGGGCAGACUUCAUACAAAAAAGAAAACAAAAUACAAGCGUAUGUGGGAUGAUGAGAUGGAGGUUCAAGCGUCCGAAGUUCAAAAUAUUACCACCAAAAGACCGGAUCGGAUUAAAACUCGAAGACGCCUUGUACCAGCUUCUAGUACAGUUAGAGCUAUACAAACAGUUAUUGUACAAGAAGAUCCAUAUUUCGAUUUUGGUAAAAAAAUUAGGCACACUUCAUCUACGACGGUAUUGAAUGUUGUUGAUUUACAAACAAGAACAUCAAUGAAGUCUCCUGUUAUACUGUCUACGACUGAAGAUGACCGCUUUACUAAAGCUGAAACGGAAACUAACAAAGAAAAGACAACCGAAAGAAUUAGUGGUGUGUCUUUUCAUAAUAGAACUCAGCAAAUUCGUAAUUCUAAUAAUACUACUUUGAGACGACCCGAAACCCAAACAGUGGAUUGUGCAUAUCAAAGGUAUACAAGAAGGAAUAAAUAUCGAUCACAAAGAGAUAUAAGAUGUAUGACGGAAUUAGACUCAAGAGCUACUAGAAUAUUGUCAACUGUCGUCACUUCAGUUUCUGUAAAAGGGAAGAAUGAUACAAACGAUGAGCUUUCUGAGAGUUCGUCUACUGAUUCUGCUACACCCUCUUCUCUAACUAGUACUGAAACCCCUGGGUAUCCAAAAUAUCUUAGGAAUCGUUAUGGGAAUAUUUCCUUACCUGAAUAUCUGGAAAUUACUAAAAUCAACCAGAGGCGGUUGAAUGCCACAUCUAUUACUUCAUCACCUAAAGUAACCUUCACUGAAAGGACAUCGUCAAUCAACGCAUCAUCAUACGCUCCUUUACAAAAUUCGGAACGUACUGGGCCUACUGAACUUCCAACGACUAAUGAACCAACUAGUGAAAGUUCGUCGCCACCAUCCGAUUUACAAGAUUAUAUUUAUUUGGUAAAUGGCACUUCAGAGUCAUUACCUGAUAUUACCACAAAGAAUGCAGCCAUAGAAGCAAAGCAAAGGAGGCCAAUAAAAAAUAACACUCGACUCUUGACGGAACACGAGGUCGGAGUGAUUUAUCCCGAAGGACUGACCAUGUCGGCGUAUCUAUUGACGUUCUUGGCCAUUGUUCCAUUAAUAUUAGUGAUAGCAUUUGCAUUAAAACUAGUGAUACAAAGAAAGAAGAAAAAAGUAUUUGACAGUUCAGAGUAUUCGUCAGAGUAUAAUCGUAGUCCUUUAGACUUCAAUACUAUCACUUCAUCGCCUUUAACUACUAAACUUCCUCGAGUCCCUCAACAUAUUGUUUGGGAUACAGAAAAGAUGAGCAAUAUUGUACCGUUACCGAAUAAUAGCAGAUGGGAAUUUCCGCGCGAGAAAUUGCGUUUGCAAACUAUCCUAGGCCAAGGAAAUUUUGGUCAAGUUUGGAAAGCCGAAGCUGAUGAUAUUAGUGGUCAUGAAGGUCUCACCAGACUAGUGGCAGUGAAAAUGGUCAAAGAAGAUGCGGCUACCAGGGAACGAGAAGAUCUGAUCAGAGAAUUGAGCAUAAUGCAACAUCUAGGAUCCCAUCCUAAUGUAGUUACACUAUUGGGAUGCUGUACUGAGAAAGAACCGUAUUUGCUGAUCAUGGAAUACGUAAUGUACGGCAAACUAUUGGCAUUCCUCAGAGACCGACGAACACGAUCACAUUACUUUAAUUUUAGCGAUUCGACCGCUUCAUUAACGUCUAGAGACCUAACUAUGUUCGCUUAUUGUGUAGCGAGAGGAAUGGACUUCUUAGGAUCAAAAAAAAUAGUUCAUAGAGAUUUAGCAGCGAGAAAUAUUCUGGUCGAUCACAAUAAACUAUGUAAAAUCGCUGAUUUUGGCAUGUCACGAAAUGUCCGCGACACUAAUCAGAUUUACGAACAAAGACACACCAAGGGUGCACUGCCCAUACGGUGGAUGGCACCGGAAUCAUUGCAUUACAGCAUAUUUACUUACAAGACUGACGUAUGGAGCUUUGGCGUACUCAUGUGGGAAAUCGUGACGCUAGGUUCAACUCCUUACUGUACCAUGGGUGCUCGUGAAGUAAUGCGUCGGGUACGCGAAGGUUAUAGAUUGGAAAAGCCAGCACAUUGUCGGUCGGAACUUUUCCGUGUGAUUACAAAGUGUUGGAUAGCCGACCCAGCCAAGAGACCUACAUUUGCUGAGCUUAAACAAGAAUUGGCCGCACUACUUGAAAAUCCUGAAUUCGAAGGAAGCUACGUGGAUUUAGAGAGUUUAGUGGAUGAAUCGGAUAAUAAUAAAAAUAAACAUUAGAAUGUAUAAAAUAUUAAUACUAUUAUUUUAAUCAGACCAAGUUAGAGAUCAUUAAUGGACUAUCAUAUUCUAUGUAAAUCCUACUUUUAGCAAACAAUACUUAAACCCACCUAUUAUCAUUGAUUUUGCGAUAUUUUAUUUUUAGAUGCGUUUAUUAAAAUUUAUAUUCUAUUAAAAAAUACACAUAAAAUGAUGCGAAAUUUUUCGUUCUAAGCCUUAUUGUUAUAAAUACUAAUUUAAUAAUGGUUAAAUUUAUUUUUCGUUUAGAAAUUUUAUAUUUUUAUAAUUACCGUAAUUACAUUACCAAACAUUUUUUUGCAAUUUAUUUAAUUGUGUUAUAAUAAGAAUUAAUACUUUUAUAAUUGAAAAAUGUAGGUGAUAAUUCGUUUCUAGGGCUUAUUGUGUCAACAAUUAAAAUAUUGGUCGUUAUAGACAACUUAUUGUGAUUUGUGUAAAAUAUUUGUAAAAUAAUUAUAUUUUCUAUAAUUUAUAUAUAGUGAUAAUGUAGAAAAAUAAUUGUACCUAAGACUCGUUGUAAAACAACAACAUAAUAAAAUUAAACUUUUUUUUUUA